GGGCGUCCCGCUGACGCCACGGACCCCGAAGCGCUUGGGCUUCCAGAGGCGACUGAGCGCGGGGAGUAUGGCGGUCGCCAGCGAGGCUCUGGGCCUCUUGGUCUCCGAGCUGUACGACGUGCAGGCUUUCAAGUUCGGGAGCUUUGUGCUGAAGAGCGGGCUCACCUCCCCAGUCUACAUCGACCUGCGGGGCAUCGUGUCCCGCCCGCGUCUUCUGAGUCGGGUCGCAGACAUUUUAUUCCAAACUGCAAAAAAUGCUGAGAUCAGUUUUGACAGUGUGUGUGGAGUUCCUUAUACAGCGUUGCCACUAGCUACAGUUAUCUGUUCAACCAAUCACAUUCCCAUGCUCAUUAGAAGGAAGGAAACAAAGGAUUAUGGUACCAAGCGUCUUGUAGAAGGAGAGAUUAAUCCAGGGCAAACCUGUCUGAUCAUUGAGGAUGUUGUCACCAGUGGGGCCAGUGUUUUGGAAACGGUUGAAGUUCUUCAGAAGGAGGGCCUGAAGGUGACUGAUGCCAUAGUGCUGUUAGACCGCGAGCAGGGAGGCAAGGACAAGCUGCAGGCUCAGGGGAUCCGUCUUCAUUCCGUGUGCACAUUGUCCAAAAUGCUGGCGAUCCUCGAGCAGCAGAAAAAAAUUGAUGCCGAGAUGGUCGGGAGAGUGAAGAGGUUCAUCCAGGAGAAUGUUUUCCCAGCAGCUCAUCAUAAUGGUGUUUCCCCUCCUGAGAAGAAAGCAUGCAAAGAACUGAGCUUUGGUGCACGAGCAGAGCUGCCCGGAGUCCACCCACUUGCCUCGAAACUCCUCAGGCUUAUGCAGAAGAAGGAGAGCAAUCUGUGUCUGUCUGCUGAUGUCUCAGAGGCCAGAGAGCUGCUCCAGCUAGCAGACGCCUUGGGACCCAGCAUCUGCAUGCUCAAAACUCACGUCGAUAUUCUGAGUGAUUUUACUCUGGAUGUGAUGGAGGAGUUGGUAGCUCUGGCAGAACGCCAUGAGUUCUUAAUAUUUGAAGAUAGGAAAUUCGCUGAUAUCGGAAACACAGUGAAAAAGCAGUAUGAAGGUGGCAUCUUUAAAAUAGCUUCCUGGGCAGAUCUAGUAAAUGCCCAUGUGGUCCCAGGCUCAGGAGUUGUGAAAGGCUUGCAGGAAGUGGGCCUGCCUUUACAUCGAGCGUGCCUACUCAUCGCAGAGAUGAGCUCUGCUGGGUCCUUGGCCACUGGAAACUACACCAAAGCAGCAGUUGGGAUGGCUGAGGAGCACUCUGGAUUUGUGAUUGGCUUUAUUUCCGGCUCCCGAGUAAGCAUGAAACCAGAGUUUCUUCACUUGACCCCAGGAGUUCAAUUGGAAACAGGAGGGGAUCACCUCGGCCAACAGUACAAUAGUCCUCAAGAAGUGAUUGGCAAACGGGGUUCUGAUGUCAUCAUUGUAGGCCGGGGAAUCCUUGCAGCAUCUAACCGCCUGGAAGCAGCUGAGAUGUACAGAAAAGCUGCCUGGGAAGCUUAUUUGAGUAGGCUUGCUGUUUAACGAGAAGACACAUGCCCCACAAGUCACUGGCUUCAAAGCAGCAAUACCCUGCAGUGCUCGGUCCUGCACCGAGUGAUUAAGGGACAGACUCUGGAGCCCUGGUGUCCUGAACAUGUAACCACUGCAUUGGUACUGUAACGAACUCUUUUUAAAGCUUGCUUUCAUUGGUGUUUGUUCAGCAGCCACCACCUUUCUGAGUCCCUUCGUCUCAGUCACAUCCAACGCUUGCUAGCCACCUACCUCCUUCAGUGCCAUGAAGCUGGAUGGACCCUUGAACAGAGCAGGAGUUCUGGUUCAUUCUCCUCAGUGAUCAGUGUAGAAAGUCACAGCUUCCUCCCGCUUCGUGUGGACGGCAGCCUGCUGCAUGUAAGAACACAGUGAUACCAGCUCCGCACUCAUUCCUGUGUCUGCCCAUAAUGAUGGCUCAGCGGUUAAGACACGGCUGCUCUUCUAGAGGACAGCACUUGCUUCCCAGCACCCACAUGGUGACCCACAACCAGCUGUGACUCCAGUUCCUCUUCUAACUUCCUCAGGCUACAGCUCCACCUAAAAUACAUGUGAACUUUUUUUAAUCUUUACCAGUGCUUUAAAAGGGAGAAUUUUAGUGCAGAAGUCUCUGCCCACUGCAAGUGGAAUUCACAUUCCCCCUCAAACUUGAGCCAUUUUCCCCUUUGGUUCACGUUCUUUCCAAGCAACCUUCACACACCUGCCUGCAGUGCUUUGUUCUUACUGCUGCCGAAGGAAAGCGCCUUUAGCAGUCGGCAGAUAGCUGUAUGUAAAUAGUCCAGCCUUGAGAAGACCGGUGUGCAUCACAUGGAGUGGUCAGUCGGCAGAUAGCUGUAUGUAAAUAGUCCAGCCUUGAGAAGACCGGUGUGCAUCACAUGGAGUGGUCUGAGUGCGUCUAUAUGCUAACCAUGUAGCCUGCUACCUUUUUUUUUAAAAAAAUUUAUUAUGUAUACAGGGCUCUGCCUGCAUGUGUGCCUGCAGGCCAGAAGAGGGCACCAGAUCUCAGUAUAGAUUGUUGUGAGCCACCAUGUGGUCACUGGGAAUUGAACUCAGGACUUCCAGAAGAGCAGGCAGCGCUCUUAACCCCUAAGCCAUCUCUCCAGCCUGCUAACUUCCUGUCAGUACAGCACCCUGUAGUCUACACAUCUAUAAAAAGAUUAGCAGCUGUCCCUUACUCAGCAAGCAUGCAUCCUCUAGUAGUAGUAGAAUCCAGGCAGUUAAAGCGAGUGCUUGAGAAGUCUGAUAGCAGCAGCAUCCCAUCAGAUAAAGAUAGAGCCAUGGGUCUUAGGGUGGAUUUGUACUGAUGGCUGAGAAAUGUUGUCAAUAUCUAAGAAAACAUCCCUUCUAGGCGUUAGCUUAGCCUUAGUCUCCAAUGGCUGUGUGGCUCCAGGAGUCCAAAGGGACUCUUUCAGUUUUAAGGUGCAAACCUAAAUUGAGACCCUGAGAUUUCAAGUCCACACAUACACAUGGUUCCAGAGCCAUCUUCCAGUUAAUUUCUAGGAAACCAGGUCUUCAGGGAAGGGGUCAGAAGGGAAAAUCUGUAUUAACAUAAUGCAUUAAAGCCCUGCACUAUUAAUUCACAUCAGCCUUUUGGGAAAUAGGAAGCAUAAGGUCCUCUUGAGGACACAGACUUCCUAGAUUGAUCCUGAUCCACCCAUUAAACUAACUACAGUACCUUUGGCCAAGUCAGUCCAUCUUAAAAUUCAGUUAAAAUGCUGUCAGUUUUUCCAGAUGACGCAGCAUGGCCAUGUCACUCCAACACCCUGUUUAAUGGUUACAUAAUUUACCUAAGAAAAUGCUUUGUCACUGGAGAUGUCUCCAUGUUUAUUCCAUAAAGAUGUUCCCCAGUGGCCUCUUGCUUGGUAUAUAAGCAAAAACUGUGGACUGUUAGGAGACUGGUCUUUGCCCCUUUCUCCUCGUCCAAUAAACCUCCCACGCAAGCCCUGAUUUUUUUUUUUUUUAUACAACAUUUUGCCUUUAUGUAUGCCUGCAGGCCAGAAGAGGGCACCAGAUCUCAUUACAGAUGGCUGUGAGCCACCACGUGGUUGCUGGGAUUGAACUCAGGACCUCUGGAACAGCAGGCAGUGUUCUCUAAGCCAUCUCUCCAGCCCCUCUUCCUGCCUCUUUCGAACUAUAACACAAGUGGUCCAUCAAUGUGCCAGUUUUCAGUGUGACACAGACAGUUGGGAAGAGGGUGUUUUGUUUUUUUGAGACAAGAUUUCUCUGUAACAGCCCUGGCUGUCCUGGAACUCACACUGUAGACCAGGCUGGCCUUGAACUCAAGAGAUCCACCUGCCUCUGCCUCCUAAGUGUAACACAAUUGCUAAAUGAUCUUAUUAAUAACCCAGAACUAGAUAUUGGGGUAAAAGCUGAAAGAUCAGAGAGUCACAGAGCAAACCACUAGUUCUUACUCCUACGAAAUCAUCCACCGAAAGAGACUUCCUGUUUACUCAUGCCUUAAAUACCUUUCUGUGUCUUGCCAUCUCUCUUACUUCCUAGUGCUGGAAUUAAAGGCGUGCGCCACCACUGCCCAGCUCCAUUAGUAUAUUUACCAAAUAUGAAAUGUGAGUGUAACUCAUUCAUCUGUUUACAAAUAAAUACAAGCACAGAUGAGGGCAGCCUCACUUUCUUGGUGGAGCUGCGCUCAGGUGCAUAUUUACAGUU